AUGUCGGCCUCGCAGUUCCUGCCGCACGCGCUCGACGGCUCGACAGUCCGCGAACUCCUUGCAGGCGUUCGCAGCUUCUUCUACCCGCCGCCGACCGCCGGCUUCACUGUCCGCGUCUUUAUCCUCAUCGCCGUCAUCGCAGCAACGAUCGUUUCCGCCCUUCUCUUCAUCGCCUUGCAUAUCUACCACACUCGACGAAACGGCAAGAAGGUCUGGUUCGGACGGCGGAUCGAGCGACCGAGCGGACGACUGUUGGUCCUUCACUCUCGGACGACAUGGACGCUUUCGCUCGUCAUCUGGGGCGGCUACAGUGUAGCCUACAGCGUCGUCUAUUGGCUGGUGUACGCGAAGGAGUACUCCCAGCGACCGCUGAUCGUCAUGCGGUCGUUUCAAGGCAUUCCGCUCUUCCUCGGCGGCUGGUGUGUCUCCUGGUCCGGCUUGCAGGCGUUCAUGCUCGCGACGGAGUCGGCGAACGAGGUUGUACUCCCCGUCCCCGUCGCAAACACGCUCUGUCUCGCCGGCGGGAUCGUCAACAUCUUGAUCGUGAUCGCCCUCGCCACGGCCGACACCGUCUAUUCGCUUCGCCUCUACGAUCGCUACCUCAUCCUCGUCAACGCUCUCCAAUCGCUAGAAGCCCGCUUGAACGGUCGUACACCGACUCUUAUCGACCUUUUCCCGCUGCAAGCGCCUACACAGGCAAUGCUUGAUGCCGGUGCUGCUGCGCGGCCUCUCUCCACCGCUCUCUUUGCUUUCGGGACCAGCAUGCCGGUCAUGUGUCUCUUGGUCAAUCUCGGCGGUCUCGCCCUCGUCCGCAAGCUACGCGUACAAAUUCGCGACAGCGUCAACCUCAUCCCCUUAACCACCGACGAAAGCUUCCUAAAGUCGGCCGGACCAGUUCCACCCGCACAGGCGCACGAGGCGGCCUCGCCAGCGCGGCAGACGACGGAGGACUCGAGCCUGUCACGGCUCCCGCCCAACAGCGCCACCGACAGCCCACUCUCCGUCAAUCUCGAGCCGCCGUCCACCUCCUCUUCCACCGACAAGUCCCCCAUCCCGUCUCCGCGCUCCGCUCCUCGCACCCUCUCGUUUGGCGAAGUCAAGCGGAUUGCGAAUCGGGAUCUGGAGAAGAACGCGGGACAGAUUGUCAGCCCGGCGAGUCUGCAGGCGAGAAAGGUUGUCGAGCUGAAGAAGGCGGAGCGGGAUCUGAUCCUGGUCACGCACUUCCUUGCAAUCAUCUGCGCUUUCCUUGCCGGCUAUCUGCUCUGGAUUACAAUCAUCUUCUCUGGCGUCACUCCGCCGUCGUCAUGGAUCAAGAUCGAGUUCGCCUCAACAUUCGGCAACUGGUUCUUCUUCACCAUCGCCCUCUUCGCCAGCAUUUACCUGAACGUCACCACAUUCGCGCUCGAUAGUUCGCAUACCAAGCGCGCGCCGCCGAGCGAAGGCAACAGCGGCAAUCACCCGAACUUUACCUCACUCUUGCGCCAGAUGAUGCCCGGCUCGCAAUCGUCUGAGCUUCCGCAGACGGCUACACUGAAUCACGGCGACCCGGCCCAUACGCCGAGCGACGAAGAAAUAGGCACUGUCGAAGAGGCGGAGGAAGGCAAGCCAGACUGA